AUGACCAACUCUCAAAACAUCAAAAACGUCAUCACCGACCUCUACACCGUCCUCUCCCUCGCCGCCAACUACGACACCAUCUCCCCCUCCACUGUCUCCACCCGCAACAACGCCCACCACUCCACGCGCGAAGCCCUCAUCCACGACUUCGACCUGCUCGCCGAGUCCCUGCGCGAGACGCAUCGGACCGCAUCCUCCACACCCCUUUCGGCAUCACAAGGCAUCCCCGAGCCGCUGAUCCAGUAUGUCGAGAACGGGCGGAACCCGGAUAUUUACACAAGAGAGUUUGUUGAGCUGGUGAGGCGGAUGAACCAAUUGAUGAGGGGCAAGAUGCAUGCGUUUGGGGAGUUUCGGGAUUUGCUUGCGAGGGAGAUGACGGUUGCGCUGCCGGAGUUGAAGGAGGAUGUGAAGAAGGUGGUUGUGGAGACUGGGGGGAGGUGGCCUUUGCCCGAAGAGGAGGGGGAGGGAAUGAGGGGAAGGAGGGGCAGCAAUAGGGAGAGAGAGAGAGAGAGAGAGAGAGAGAGAGAGAGAGAGAGAGAGAGAGUAGGUUAG